CGCAGGCUUUAAACCAGGACUUCAAUCCUGUUGGAGCUUGUGGGUUUGUUAGUUGGAGAUUAGAGAGAGAUAGAGAUCGUUUUUUGUUUGAGCUACUGUGUUGUAUUUUCCCUUUACUCAUGGAGUUCAUUGAAGCAAGUAACGGUAUUUACAAACCGAUCAGGGUGCUGUUUGACACACCCAUUUAUGAGCGUGCCAAGCAGAUCUGCUGGCAUGUUCAGUCAUACAAAACCAAGGUGGCUUUCAUGGUCGAGCUCCUCCAUCUUCAGCAGAGAAACAAGCUUCCAUCUGAGCUGACUGCUGAGGCCAUGAUUGACCUCUUGGUGGAGGACAGCAAGAGCACUACGAGAAUCCAGCUGUGGGAGUUUGAGAUGGAGGAUUUCGACAAUGAUGUCAAGCCUCUACUCCACCUGGUUUGGGAGGUCAACACCAGCAUGCUGAAGCGGGACGUCGAGUUUGAGGCAAGAAGACUCCUCGACUCACCAGCCAGCAUACCUGCCUCCUUUAAGCACCCCAAGGUCGUCAGGAAAGCAUGGGAGUAUGCUGGGACUCUUGUGGAGCAGCAUCAAAGGGCACCUGGGCCCAAACAACUUGGCCCUCAGGAUGUGGUCUUGAAUGUGGUUCCAAAAGUCCUGCAAGGCUUUUGGAGACCAAAAGGACCCAUUCCCAGAGAAAUGCCAUCUCAGAAGCUCAGUGAGAUGGCUGUUGGAGUCACCAAAGCUGUGCUGGAUCGUGUCUCCACAACACUGUCGUCAACCCUCCGGAAAGUCACCUUCUCUCAGUCUGUGAGAGAUCAGAUGGUCAUCCAGAUCGACAAAAAGGUCAGACAGAUGUACACAGCGGACACCCUGAGGAGGAAGCUGAACUCCUUCGAGGCUGAGGUGCUAAAGAUCCUCACCUGGUUCACUGCCAAUUCCAUCUGUGAGCUGUUUGAGCCUCGAACGCAGACUGUCAUCCCUGCUGCUCAUCCUCGUACCCUCAUUGCGGUCAAGGAGCCAGAUGUAAACCAGGCCACACAAAUCCCAGCUCCCGCUGUAACCCUGCCAGCUGAACCUCCAGUUAAGGUUUCAGUCCUGGAGGGAGAAGUCAUGGAGGAGGAACCAUCUGACAAACCAGACUCUGCAGUGUUACGAACUCCAUCACCUCCUGCUAUCCUGCCAGCUGUUGCUGUUGACCUGGCUUCAGACCUGGAGGAUGAAGUCAAGGAGGAACCAUCCAAAGAACAGGACUCUGCUUUGGAACUAACGCCAUCACCUCCUGCUAUCCUACCAGCUGUUGCUGUUGACCUGGCUUCAGUCCUGGAGGAUAAAGUGAUGGAGGAACAGUCCACCAAAGAACAAGAACCUGACAUGCUGGACCAUCCAACAGCUGUUGAUACUGAUGAAGAUCCUGCUGUGGUGCCAUCUCCACUACCUCCCUAUAUCCUGCCAGUUGAACCACCAAACAUGGUCUCAGUCCUGGAGGAUGAGGUGAUGGAUGAGCAGUCCACCAAAGAAAAAGAACUUGCCAUGCUGGACCAUCCAACACCUGUUGAUCCUGAUGAAGAUUCUGCUGUAGUGCCAUCUCCACUACCUCCCUAUAUCCUGCCAUCUGAACCACCAAACAUGGUCUCAGUCCUGGAGGGUGAGGUUUGUGAUGUGAAGACCAGCGAAGGACCUGCUAGUGUGCAACCUCCUGUGAUCCAUGAAGAAAAACCUCCUGCCAUCAGCCAGGUACCAGAAGAACCAUCACCAGUGUCCCCUGUGGGAAUGACUUCAUCGCCUCCUGCUACCCUGCCAGCUGUAGCCACUGCCACGGCUUCAGUCCUGGAGGGUGAGGUCAAGGACAAGGUCAAGGUCCCAAAGACCAGAGUCCAAAGGUUCCUCAGGCGGCUCAGAAAGUUGCUGUGCUGCUGCACCCUGCCCAAAGACGACUGAGCAAUCAUCAGUGUCAUUAUAAAUGACAUAUACCUAUAAAUAAUUGUUCAUUCAAAAACUAAAAAAAAUAAACAUGCUUCACUGCA